ACGUCUCUCUUUCCAUGCCCUUUAUAAACAAUUCAAAGCGGUAAGAUUUUCUCAAAACUCAAAAUCGGAGGCGAAGAACAACGACGACAACAACAACUAAGAAGACAGAAUCUUUGAAAUUUAGAUAAUGUCGGCGUUAGAGGCAAUCGUGUGUGACAACGGAACUGGCUUGAUCAAGGCGGGAUUAGCCGGAGAUGAUGCACCAAAGGCUGUGUUUCCAAGCAUCAUAGGUCGUCCACGGCACAAGGGGAUGAUGAUUGGAUUUGACGAGAAGGAAUUUUAUGUGGGAGAGGAAGCUCAAACGAAGAGAGGUAUUCUAACACUUAAAUACCCAAUGGAGCAUGGCAUUGUUAACGAUUGGGAUGACAUGGAGAAGGUUUGGCACCAUACUUUCUACAACGAGCUGCGUGUGAAUCCUCAAGAACACCCAGUUCUUCUCACUGACUCUCCUCUAAACCCAAUGGCCCAUCGCGAGAAGAUGGCUCAGAUCAUGUUUGAGACCUUCCAUACUCCUGCUAUGCACGUGGCCACUCAGGCCGUUCUCGCUCUCUAUUCUAGUGGUCGUACCUCAGGUAUUGUGUUAGAUUCAGGAGAUGGUGUGAGUCACAUAGUUCCAAUCUACCAAGGUUACACAAUCCGACACGCCAUUAUGCGUCUAGACUUAGCAGGCCGUGACCUAACCGAGUACCUUAUGAAAAUCAUGAUGGAACGUGGCUACACAUACACCACCUCAGCCGAGCGUGAGAUCGUCCGAGACAUGAAAGAGAAACUCUGUUAUGUAGCUCUAGACUACGAGGAAGAAUUGGAAAGAGCUACAACAUCCGCACAAACCAACAGAACCUACGAGCUCCCCGACGGUCAAGUGAUCACAAUAGGAACCGAGAGAUUCAGGUGCCCUGAGGUUCUUUUCCAGCCGUCUCUGGUCGGGAUGGAAUCUUUUGGUAUUCACAAGGCGAUCUACAAUUCGAUAAUGAAGUGUGACAUUGAUGUAAGGAAAGAUUUGUAUGGAAACAUUCUCAUGAGUGGUGGCACGACGAUGUUCCAUGGGAUCGCGCAGAGGAUGUCCAAAGAAAUAUCUGCGCUCUCACCCUCUAAUAUGAAGACUAAAAUUGUGAUUCCUCCAGAGAGGAGGUUUAGUGCAUGGAUCGGAGGCUCCAUUUUGGCUUCUCUAAGGUCCUUUGAACAGAAGUGGAUAACUAAGGCUGAGUAUGAAGAAACUGGAGCGGCAAUUGUUCACAAGAAAUGCUUAUAUUAGCCUUCUUUAAUUUCUGCUUUCUACAAAACUGAUUUCUUUGUUUUGGUCAAAAUGUCAAAAAAAGGAUUCGGUUCCUUGUUCUUGCAUGUUGAUGUUGUAUCCCCUAAAAAAGAAUGAACAUGUCCAAAUUACUUAA